AUGUCCCUCGUCCCCGCCCGAAACGGCGCAAACGCGCCACCAACACGCGCCUCAGAACUCGUCGACAACAAUAUCUUCAAGACGUCCACCAAGGGCAAGCUGCCUACUGGCUAUGCCGAGGAAAUUGCCAUAUCAGAACACAGCUUUCGAAACCUCCAUCGCGAUGUACAGAGAUCGCAAGCGACAGGAAAGAAGCGGAAACGAGAGGCGAAAGGCGACAGCAGUAUUGUGUAUGGUGCAGGCGCAUACAAGGGUCCUUGGGCCAAGUACGAAGAGCACCGGAUAGACAGCGACAGUGGGGAGGAGGUCGAAGUCGAAGUCACAGAUGAUGAGAGUGGAGGAGAAGAGGUAGUCUAUGAGGAAGAUGCUAUUGCUGCGAACCCGGGGAGAGGAACACUUGCUGGAACGAACUACGAUGAAGUAUCAGCGGAGAAGGAGAGUUCCAAGUUCGAGGGCAGUCAGCAGUAUGAUUACCAAGGACGGACGUAUAUGCAUGUGCCGCAAGAUCUGGAUGUCGACUUGGUGGGCGACUUUGAGAACAUGAAUUUGAAGUGCUAUCACCCGAAGAAGUUGGUGCAUACCUUCAAACCGGCGAGUGGUGGGAAGAAUUCACAUGAGAAGGCUCUCACAAGCCUGAAAUUCUUCCCAUCUUCUGGACACUUACUUCUAAGUGCGGCUGCAGAUGGGAAGGUGAAGCUUUGGGAUGUUUAUCACGAUCGCGAACUUCUGCGCUCGUACUCUGGGCACACCAAAUCGGUCGUCGAUGUGGAUUUCUGCCCCGAUGGUACGCGAUUCCUAACUGCAUCGUACGACCGCCAAAUGAAAGUUUGGGACACCGAGACAGGGACUUGUCUUGGUCGAUACUCAACAGGCAGCACGCCGCACGUCAUACGCUGGCAGCCUGAUAACAGAACAGGCCAAGAAUUCCUGGCUGGUAUGCACGACAACAAGAUUGUGCAAUUUGACACCCGGUUACCGCCUGACGGGGAGAAGAAGAACCCUGUGCAAGAGUACGACCACCAUCUAGGACCGGUCAAUACUAUCACAUUCACCGAUGAGAACCGCCGUUUCAUUACCACAUCCGACGACAAGAGCUUACGCGCAUGGGAAUACAACAUUCCCGUGCCCAUCAAGUUCAUCGCAGAGCCCUACAUGUUCCCUAUGGUCAAGUCCGCAUCUCACCCGACCAAGAGCAGCGUGCUCCUGCAGAGUUCAGACAACACCAUCAAGGUUUACAACUCUGGCGAGAAGAUUCGUCAGAAUCGGAAGAAAGAUUUCCGCGGGCAUAACAACGCUGGCUAUGCGAUUGACAUUGACGUAUCGCCCGACGGAGGCAUUGUCUGUUCGGGAGAUUCGGGCGGAUUCGUCUGCUUCUGGGACUGGAAGACGUGCAAGAUGUGGCACAAGAUCAAAGCCAGUGACUCCGCGAUUAUUAGUACUGCGUGGCAUCCGAGGGAAAGCUCUAAGGUUGUCACGGGAGAUUUGGACGGCGUGGUGAAGUAUUGGGAUUAG